AUGGCCCCGUUCCUGGAGGACGAGGACGACGUCCUCCGCUUUAAGCGGAGGAUCUUCGGCGCCUCGGAAAACGACCCCCUUUUCGCUCACCGUCCCUCGGAGGGCGACCUGCCCCUGGAGGAGUCGCGGGAGCUGACCUUCCUCCGCUGUAAGAGACUCUUCGAGUACGACUUUUUGAGCGUCCAGGACCUGCUGGAGAAGCCGCUGAAAAUCCUCGCCUUCAUCAGUUGCCUGGGAAUGUACGACUGGUCCCUGGCGGCCAAGUUUUUCCUCAACUCUUUUGCAAGUACGCCGCGCGGACCAGCGUCCUCGGGGGUUUUGAAGGGCUCCGAUUUAGCCGCGCGUUCGGGCCGGCCGUGUUUAUGGAGCGCUUACCGUGCGCGGAGCACCGUAGCCAGCGCCGGGGAGAGGACGAUCUUCGGGUGCUUUGCCCUGACGGAGCUGAGCCACGGCAGCAACACGAAGGCCAUCGGAACGACCGCCACCGCCGGCUACGUCUCAGACGCCGUUCUCGGCUCCGGGGUGGAUUCAAGUCGCGGAUCCCCGGCCCGUCCCCUCUGGGCUUCGGAUCCCCUCUGAGGUUUCCGCUUCUGUUUCCCCGCCGCCAAACAGAUUCGCGACCCAAAGACGCUCCUUCCCGUGCCGGGCGUCGUGGUCGGGGACGCGGGCCGGGAGCCGGGGCAGAACGGUCUGGAUAACGGGUUCGCCGUCUCUCACCGGGUCAGGAUUCCGCGGACCCACCUGCUCGACCGAACCGGCGACGUCACCCCCGAGGGAGUCUGCCGCGCGCCCUUUAAGGACGCGAGGCGACGUUUCGGGGCCUCCCUGGGAGCCCUGUCGGCCGCCAGGGUGGCCGUCGUCGGGAUGUCGGUGGUCAACCUGAAGCUGGCCCUCUCGGUGGCCGUCCGCUUCUCGGCCACCCGGCGCCAGUUCGGGCCCGACGCGGCCGAGGGGGAGGAGGAGGAGGAGAUCCCCGUGCUGGAGUAUCAGAUGCAGCGGUGGCGCCUGCUCCCUCACCUGGCGGCGACCUACGCCCUGGAUCAUCUCGGCCGAACUCCGUUCCUCGACCUGGCGGGGCUGCAGGCCGGCCUCCUCGCGAAGAUCCAGAGCCGCCGGCAGGCGGAGCCGGGCCGGGAGAUUCACGCCCUGGCCUGCGCGGGCGAAGCCCCGGCCUCCUGGACGGCGCAGCGGGGGGCUCGGGAAUGUCGGGAAGCCUGCGGCGGACACGGCUACCUGGAAGCCAAUCGCCUGGGCGCCGUCGGGAACGACAACGACCCGAACUGCACGUACGAAGGAGACGACAACGUCCUCCUGCAGCAGACCGGCAACUACCUCCUGAGCCUGCUGCCCUCCGGCCCGCCAGAGAAGAAGCGCCUUCGGACCCCGCUGGGACCGGUGGAUUUCCUGGAAGACCCGGACGACAUCCUCGGCCGGAAAUGCUCGGCGUCUACGGUCGAAGACUGGCCGGGUCGUUCGGGUGACGAUCUCCCGUUCCGGGCGGGGGGGGGAGACACGGGGGAAUCGGGUGGUCCCACGUGGGGCUCAGAGACUACGGGCGCCGGAUCGACGGCCGCGGGGAACGGCGAGACGCGCCGCGUCUUUUCCGUUGCGGCGUCUUUGGCCGCCUACCGGUGGCUGGUGUGCUACCCGCUCCGAGAGAGCCAGCGGAAGAUCGGGCAGGAGAGAGCGUCCGGACGAGACGAUUUUGAAGCCAGAAACAACGGCCAGGUGAGAACGGCCUCCGAAAGAAUGACGAUAGCGAAAAACGAUGGCGUCCCUGAAGCGCUCGUACCGAUGACGACGUGGGUAUCCGUGGAGCGCCCGCUACGCGCCGAGCAGCGUUCCGAGCGCCGGGGGAGAUACGGGGUCGUCGGGUCGUCCCGCGUGAGCCUCGCGGUUAAUCCCCGUAUGAUAGCAUACACAGAUAUAGGUAGCAUUAUGGACUGCGGAUACUUCUCCGGAGAGCGAGCGGGCAAAGACGUCCAGAACGCCAUCUUGGAGCUCCGUUGGAAGCUGAAGGACGACGCGGUGGCCCCGGUGGACGUCGUCGCCCCCCCCCCGGACUUCAUCCUGAACUCGCCCAUCGGCCGGGCGGACGGCCAGUUGCACAAGAACCUGCGGGGCGCCGUCCUGCAGGGCCGCCGGGUGCUGGAACGACCCUCGUGGUGGGCGGAGUUGGCGGUGAAGAAGCCCGUCCUGGGAAGCCUGACGUCCAAACUGUAGGUGGGCGGACCCCGACGUCGUCGUCCUUCCCGCCGCCGACCCCUUCCCCGCGUCCCCCCUCUCGCCUGGAGCGUCCU